GCGCGCGUUUUUACUUAACUAUAUUGAUUUGCAUUAUACUAAUGGUUAAUAUUUUCCCGUGGACUAAUUAAAUAUGGAGUGCAUCGAGAUAGAACACUAAGAGACGAAUACUUUGAUAUGCAAGUCACAGUAUUACAUUUUUCAAAAAUGGCACUUACAACAAUAUAAAUAAAGCAAUUAAAAGUAAAAUUAUCAAAAUAUAUUGUAACUGAAACAAAAAAAAAAUGAUAAGGACAUAUAGUACUUCACCAAAAAUACCACAAAAAGUCUUUUAUCUUCGAAUUUACGAUUAUAAACUUUUGCAUUCCUGACUUCUUCAAAAAUCGAUUUAAGUCUAUUGUUUUACUAUACAACCGUUCGUGUCUAUAAAUAGAAAUAUCGUAUUUUAACUUGCACACAGUUACAGGUGGUUUAUGUUUUAAUAUAACUUAUUUAUUACCUCUUUGGGAUUAUUAGAGACAUGGAAAAGGAUUAUGAAAACGAUUGUGUGAUCGAACUAAACGUUGGAGGAAAGUUAAUGAGCACAUUGAGAAGUACAAUCACGAAGGAGGCAGACAGUCUGCUGGCCAACAUGAUAAAGGGAAAUGCCCCAGUUGCACAAGAUAGCACUGGAAGAUACUUUCUUGACUGUGACCCCAAUAUAUUUGGUCACGUGUUAGAGUUCCUGCGGUUUGGACUCCUUCCCCCGCAUGAUAAAGUAAUACAUGUGUACGAAUAUGCAAAACACUUCGGUAUUACGAAACUGGUGGAUGUGAUGGAACAAUUUAAGACUGUGCAAUAUAAAAAGAAAGCUGAUGAAGCAAAGAGUAAACUGGAUCUAGAAAAGUAUAAUACAUUGAAACAGAAUAUUGUAACUAAGCUAGCUGGCUUACGUAAGUAUAAGGAUAAAUGUAUCUGCAUAGUAACAAGGGCACACUCUGCAAAUGCCAUUCCCGCUUGUUCGUCCAUGCGUAGGCAAACAAUCGGACAUCAAAGAAACGGAUUAAAUGGAGGUUCGUUUCCAAUUAAAGCCGACGUUUUGUAUCAUAUAGAAACAGAGAUCUCUAUAAUUAUAGAUGAAAACUUACUGACAGCCAUCAGGGAAGAUUUAUUUCAGCUUGGUUAUGGCAAAGUUAGAUAUUGGCAUUAUGAAGGAUUGUGCAAUGGUUCGUACCAUCAACACCUCUAUAUUUUGCUUAGCAAGAGACAUGAAGACAAUAAGAUAGAUUCUUUUCUGUGGGAAAAUGUUUGAAAGACUGUAUUCGGACAUGUGGACUUUUUGUAUCAUAUGAAUGAUGAGGAAAUUGUGUUUUUGACUAGGUAUAGUAUUUGUGUUACUGAAAGGGAGGAUAAAAUGAUCUAAACCCGGUCCGGUUGAAGAUUGUUCUUACAUUGAUUAAGUACUUAAUACAGCCAGGCAAUUAUUUCGAUGGAUAUAAAAGACAUUGUAACUGAAAAUAAGAUUAUAUCUAAGACUAUACAUGGUAGAACACGGACUGAGAAUUAUUGUUACGGACGUUUUAGUUCAAAAAGCAGGUUUUUGACUCGAAAACUAUGAUACAACUGUACGAUGUAUUAAUGAUAACCAUACAAACUUUAAAUGGUGUCUGAAAGUAUAUAGUAGUUACAUAGAGAUAAGGAAAUAUCAAACAAUGAAUUGAAAAAUAAUCUGUUCAUAUCUGUGUGAUAUUCUCUUGACUUUAGAUACAGCUAGUUCGCUUACUAUAUUUAUCACAUAAUGCAGGUAAAAAAUAACUCACAUUUCAAAGAAAAGUUGGAACCGGUGAAAAUAUAGACAUGAGGACAAACAUAUAUGAAAUUGACUAUAAUUAUUACAGUUCUACUUUACGAAAAUACCUAUAUUUAUGGCAAAUAAACUAACUAUAUAACAUAGCACCACAAAAAUCAUACAUUACACGCUUAAAAUUGAAUCUUAAUAUACUAAAAUAUAUACCAAUGUAUAUCUGAAUGUUUUGUUUUCUGUUCAUUGAUUUAUUCAGAAUUAUCAUAUAGCUCGUUAAUUCUCGGGUAAAAAUAUCUGCGGUUUUGUCCUAUUUUUUUUCUUUAUUUCUGCGACCUUCGAGAAAAGCAGGAAAUAAUUUUUGCGGUUUUCAUAAAUCGAAAGUAAAUUCAGCGCAUGGGAAAUACUGUCGCAAACGAAUUCACUUUCAUGUGGGGUAGGUGAUCUAUGAAUGUGCACAUCGCAAACUUUUUAUCAAAAUGUUUGUGACAGCCUUAAGUUUCCAAAACCAGUUGAUGCCAGAAUCAAAGUGGUGGGCAAAGUGCUCAAAUUCAAGAUGGCCGCCAAUAUGGCCGCCGAAAAUUAAAAAGUAUACUAUACAAACUAACUUGACAAUAUAUUUCAAAUUUAUAGGCAUGGUCCUAAUUUUAUACAAGUUUCUGUUGCAGAAUAGAUUAAAAUAUAGUAUAUUUUAUCUUAAAGUAAAUUGAAAUAUAUUCUUACAAAAUAUAGGGGAUACUGCAUGCCUAAUUAUAAGAAAAAAUACUGUUUCCUUUAAUAAUUCUAUAACUUUUAAUUGCUUAAUUUUAUUUUUCAAAUUCUGUGCUUUAUUAUGUUCAGAUAUUUCAUAAACUAUAUCAUCAGUAUUUUACAUGACAGUUUUUAAUUAAUUUAUUAUCGAUUAAUCCAACAAUCAAGGGCUAAGUAAACAGCUAAGUGGGUGGGGUAAAUCUACGUACACUAAUAUAAGAUUAUAGUGUAAUACAAUAAAAUUCAUGUUAAGUAAAAGUGCAUAUUUUUUAAUGUCCAAACUGUUUCUUUUGGACAGAACAAUCACGUAAAAAAGAAUUAUUACAUGAUUAAAUUUGAUAUAUACCGACAUUAGUAAAACUAAGUUAAAUAAUGGGCGUGGUUAAUCUGCAAAUGAUGAAAAUAUAUUAUUUUCACAUUAUGACAAGGUUCGAUGUUUAAGUAAACAGAUUUGUCUUAACUCUUUCUAUAAAGUAAUUAAAACAGAAAUGUUCAUUCGAAAAUUAAAACCAUAUUUUAUACAAAAUUUUGUAGCAAUUACAUAAGAUACUGAUUGAAUUACUAAGGUCAUUUUCUUGUAAAAAGAGAAUGUAAAAAAUGAUUCAAAUACAACAUACGUAAUAAUGUUUUCGACAUUUUAAGAUUACGUGUAAGCUUGUGAGAUAGUAUAACAUCAGUAAAAGAUAAAAUACUGCUCUGCAAUAACAUUUUUAUAAAAUAUGAAUGAAUAUCCUUUAGAAUGUUAAUUCUAAAUUAAAAACCAACAUACAUUGAACAAAUGUUGAUUGAUACAAAAUGGCAAAAUUUUAUUUAAAUAAUCUAAGUCACUAGCAUACAUGAUGUGUAUUUUGUGUACAUGUUUACACAUUUCAGUUCCUUAUCUCCUGUACACCGGAAAAAACAAACUUUUUAUUUGUUAUUUUAGGAAACAUCUUUCUAUAUAUUAUACUGCUAUAAUUACCCCAUACUAUAAAAGUAUGAGGAAAUUAUAGCAGUACAAAAUGUAGAAAAGCCUUAGAUUGAAAAAGGACAUUGAGAACAUAUGUAAGAGGCUAUCUGGAAACUUAUUAAUUGGGUAUCUUUGUAUUCGUCAAAUACACACAAUCAUGCAUUAUAUGUGUUUGCUAUUUAAAGUAUACUUGUAAAACAUCAGUUGUUUCUGUAGAAAUACAUGUACUGCGCUCUGCAGUACAUGUAUUUCUAUAUUAACAAGUUGCAACAUGUCCAGAACACGCCAUCCCUAAGACGCCCCGUCACAAUCAUAUAACACCGAUUCCGAAGGAGUUCCAUUCGUUGCCAGUGAAAUACAGGGAGCAGUACAAAGUUCUGACCCACACCUUUAAGGCUUUACACAAUCAAUCCCCUGAUAUGAUAGAAGUGUAUAAACCUAAGAUCACAAGACACGCUGUCACUAGUUAUGCCAAAAACUAAAACCAUGAUGUAUGGCAAUCGCACCUUUUCAUUCACUGCUAGUCAAGAUCAGGGAAGCUCACGCUCUAGCUGUUUUCAAAAGCCUGCUUAACACCUUCUUUUUACAACAUUUCGUUAGCUGAGCGAUACUUAUUUUUCUUUCCAUAAAACAACGUAGAACAGUAUUUUAUUCUAGGGUAAUUUAGAUACUUUUAAAUAUGUAUAUAUGUUUGCCUUGUUUUAUCUGUAUGUUUUAAAUACACGAUUGAAAAAUAAAUAAGUAAAAUGAGAA